AUGGAUACUUCUAGUUCUUCCUAUUUUGCCAAGCUUGCUAUUGCUUUUUUGUUUCUUUUCGUUGGCCCGAUUUCGUCACAAAAUACUGUGUGUCCGUAUCAGUAUUUGUACCAUCUUGGUGAUGGAGUUACUGACGUCGGCAACUCUAUUAGGGUUCUCCCUUGGGGACCUUCGCUUCCUGCCGCACGCUUACCUUAUGGUCGGUCGUACCCCGCUGCUGAUUUCGGCUUUCCACGCAUCGUACCUUAUUUGACGCCCGAAGCAAACUCCAGCAACGGAGUCAUAUUUUCGGUAGCAAGAAGCCCGGUGCUCGACCACAAGUUUUUCAAACAAAGAGGCGUUAAAAUUCCACCAUACGCCGUUCCUCUUUACGAACAGCUCAAUUGGUUCAAAACACAUCUAAAAUCUGUUUGUGGAUCAAAUUGUGCAAAUAGGCUAGCAAAUUCUCUUAUAUUGCUGGGGGACAUUGAAGCCAAUGACAUCGGCUAUUCACUGCUCCAAGGAAAAUCCAUCAAAGAAGCACGGACUUAUGUGCCCAUUAUAACACAAGCUCAAAUAAAUGUUUCAAGGGAGCUGAUCAGAAUGGGCGCAAGGCAAUUAAUAAUCCCGGGAAAUGCUCCAAUCGGAUGCUUUCCUUAUAUCCUAACUGCAUUCCCAAGCAAUGAUCCGAAAGCUUACGAUGAAUUCGGCUGUCUUAAAAUCGUAAACGAUCUGAUGACAUUUAAAAACAAUGAUCUCCAACAAGCUAUCGCAAGCCUUAGAACAGAGUUUCCUGAUGUCAGCAUAUUUUACGGCGCAUUUGACGAUGGCGUGCGACAGUAUCUCACCCAAUUUAUGGCAGGCGAGUUAAAUGAUAUAUUUUUAAGCUUUCAUGGAAUUUUUCAUCGUUAUGAAAUAUUUUCACAAACUCGGCCAAACAGAAACAACGCACUGAAAGCGUGUUGUGGAUUUGGAGGGAAAUACAAUUUCAAUAGCAAAAGGUUUUGCGGGAGUCGAGGUGUACCUGUUUGUCCUGAUCCGGACAAUUAUAUAUUCUGGGACGGCUUGCAUUUAACUCAAGAGGCAUCUCAUCGUAUCGAGCAGAUUCUCAUCCAACCGGCUCUCUCGACGCUCAACUGUGCAUCCUAACUCUACAUGGGCUUAUAUUUAAUCGAUCGAGGUUAAAUAUGCAUUAUAUAUCGAUCGUCAACUGUCAAUUAAAGUAUCAUAUUUCUACAUUUUGGAAUUUCUAAUAUAUAUUAAGUGAAUGAAUGAAGUUUGUAUUACAUUUUAUGUUUAUCAUGAUUUCUUGGGGCCAUGGCUCAAGAUUGUAAUCCCAACCCUAUGUAUGGUUGAAUGUUUUAUUAUGAAGCAAAUUGUAAUAAAAUGAUUUCAAUCCAUAUCAAGCUAUAUUUUUCAUGUUUCUAAAAUAUUGCACUAGUUAUGGACAUCAUGUUAAGUAACAUAAGGAUAUUGGAGCAAUAAUAGAUAUUCAUACUUGCAAAUUGAAAUGUGAAUACUUUGAAAAUGUGAUAUA